AUGCAAAGGAAGCCCAGAGGAAAAGUUCCCAAGACAGAAUGCGUAGAAAAAAGAUGGGAGAAAAUGCAGGCACAAAGUAACACUGAGAAGAGGGCAGAGAACGGUGGCAGCGGUGGUGGCUUUGGCAGCUCAGGACUGAGUGCAAGUAACAGAAUCGGCACGAUUCUCCAGAGGCUCUUCAGGUUCUCCUCUGUCUUUCGGUCAGCAGUCUCAGUCCGUUUGCAGAGGAACAUUGGUGUUACAGCAGUGGCGUUUAAUAAGGAACUUGAUCCUGUACAGAAACUCUCCAUGUAUAAGGUUAGAGAAUACAAAUCUAAGUGACAGACAACAGGAGGAUCUGUUGAUACUGAUCCAGAGUACCAGCAAGAGCCGGAGAGGAAGCUUUUUAAGCUCAAGCAAAUGUAUGGUAAAGCAGACACGAAUACAUUCCCUAACUUCAAAUUUGAAGAUCCCAAAUUUGAAGUCAUCAAAAAACCCCAGGCCUGAAGAAAUAAAGUAAAAUUAAUCUGGUAAGUUGUCAAGGGUUAGCAGUACAACUAGCUAGAAGUUUCAGAAUAAACAUACAUUCACAACUGUCAAGUGUUCUUUUAGUCUCGAUUCCAAAUAAAUUAUUUGGUGAUGUGGAGUAUUAAAAAAUCUGGAAGGAAAAAUAAAGAUGUGGAUGAAAAGAAGGGGAUAUUACUUGAGAGAUAUUGAGAAAGUUAUAGAUAUCGGAACUGGUGAAUAAUGAAAACGUGAAUCAACUCAGUGGCAGUGGAGCUGGACAGGAAGGAGGGAAGGAAACAUCAACAGGACCUGGUGACUGAUUAAGGGCAGAAGAUUGGGCCAGACACAGUGGCCUGCAAUGCCAGCACUUUGGGAGGCCAAGGCAGGCAGAUUACUUGAGUCCAGGAGUUUAAGACCAGCCUGGGCAACAUGGUGAAACCCUGUCUCUAAA